AUGCUGAUGUGCUUGAGAACCGUGCUGACCCUGUUGCUCUUGAUUGCUGACGUAGCGAGGGAGGUGGUGGGUGACGAAGGUACACGAAGUGGGAGAACGGGUGUUACCGGUGCCUGUACGAGGGAGAAGCUGAUUGAGAGGAGAAGGAACAAGAGGAUGGACGUGGAAGAAGAAAAGCCCAUUAUUUUAGCAUUGCCGGGGCCGCUGUUUCCGCCCAUCGACUUCGACCAUGCUUCUGAGGAGGAAGGACCGAAGAGGGGCAGGUAUCUGAAAGGGGAGCCUCAUGUAGACUCGUCCGAUCAUGCUGAGCAGACAGCGGGCUCUAUUUGGGAUUGCUCUCUUGUUCUCGCAAAAUAUCUGGAAAAGCAUUCUCAGAGAUACUUGAAAGAUCACCAUGUGUUGGAGCUCGGGUCUGGGCAGGGAGUGGUUGGAAUAGCUUGCGGGCUAGCUGGAGCGAAGAAAGUCACCUUGAGUGACGUCAACGCUGCGCUACACUGCCUGCGUGACAACGCAGUUCUGAAUGAACUCGAGAGUGUCGUCAAGGUGAAGGAGCUGGACUGGCUUCGAGCUCACGAUCAUGUCCGGGACCUCGAGCCAGCAGAUCUUAUCGUUGCUGCCGAUGUCGUCUGGAUUGAUCAGCUUGUGGGGCCGUUUGUCAAGACUCUGACACUGGCAUUUGAAGCGUCAAAGGCAGUGUUGAAGGAGGUGCAUGUCAUCUUGUGCCACAAGACACGAUCAAAUCACACAGAUAACAUUCUGUUUGAACUCCUGCGAGAAUCGAACUUUUCCUGGAAAGAGGAACCUAUUGAAAACUGCCAUGAGGAGUAUAGGAGCAGCGAAAUCAGAAUAUUUCAUAUUUUUCGUAGUUGAAAAACUUCAUUGUAGAGAUUCUAUUUUUUCG